UACAGAUCGGCGCCAUAACCCAGUCACCAUCGUCGGAUAUUAGUCCCCGAGAAGAAAGUUCAGAUCCACGACUUGUGGUGCUGUAUUUUGUUGAGUAUUUUCUUUUGAAAAAAAAAGGUUUGAUUUCAUUGAAAUAUGGAUAUGUAUUAUUUGAAGGGACUAUUGUGAAAAUUGUAUGUCUGAAGCAUCACUUGAUUUACGUCACGAACGGACAAAUCAAAACUAGCAUGCUAUUGUAAAACGGCAAGUGCUUUAUGUACAAUAUUGACAACCAGUGUUUAAUUACCUGUAUUGACUAUCAGCAGUGUUUAAUUAACAAUGUUGACUAUACUGAAAUGUUUGAUAAGCAAUGUGGAUGCAAUGGAUAUCGUUUACUGGAGUUUUAUCUUUCUGAGUCUUCGUUAUGAAGUUUCAGCACAGUAUCUGGAGAUACAAGCCAAACCCACUAUCGUAGACCCAACACAGGAUGAUCUGGUUAUCCUCUGCUCUACCACGGCAGCAUCGGAUAUUGAAGAAGUGUACACAAUACAGUUAAAGAAGAACACUUCCGGUACAAUAAGUUACGGAGUUGCCGUUUCUUCCGUUGAACCAGUGUGGUUUGACACUGUCUUACAAACCAGGGCUACCGCCAUAGGCUCCACAAAUCCUCCAUCUGCGGCUUACCUGAAGUUCACCAUACCCAAGGCUAACAUUCACUGUCCAGACGACUUCACUGAGUACUGGUGUCAGAUGUAUAUGAUUCUCAACGGAACGAACAGUUCCACUGGUUCGGAUCAUGAAGAUACCAAUCACAUAUCCGUUUCCUAUAAAUUAGAACCCACAUUUAUGGAGAAGAUGCGUGUUCGGAUUCUGGGAGAAGUUACCGAUACAGCCAAUAGAAAGUUUGCAGUAGGAACUGCACUCCAGCUGACCUGUACAGGGGAGGUGGGCAGUGAACCAAAUAAUACGAUAAGAUGGUGUUUUAAGACUGCAUACGCUUUCAUCUUCACGCCGCUUCCUCACGUUCCGGUCCUCUCUGAUGCCUCACCCUCGGGAUGCCAAUACAUUCGCUCCAGUACCGUCACAUACAACAUGACUAACAGCGACAUCUUCACACAGUUCUUGUGUGAGUCUGGUACUCCUGGCCUGUGUGAAACUGGAACAGCCAAACAGUACCUUAAAAUCACCUCAGCCCAGCCCUCUUUGAUUGAGACGCCCCGAGUCCGAAUAGUCGGAGAGUUUUCUGAUACUGCACAGAGACAGUUUUCAGUGGGAACCGCUGUUCAGUUGACCUGUACGGGACAGACCGGGAGCGACCCAAGAUCUACAAUUCGAUGGUGUGCCAAGACGGCAAGUGCUUUCACCUUCACGGGGCUACCUCAGACCCCUAUCCACUCCGAAGCUUCUCUCUCCGGAUGUCAAUACACUCGUUCCAGUACCAUCACCUACACUCUGACUAACAGCGACACCUACACAGAGUUCCUGUGCGAGUCUGGUAAUUCCGGUCUGUGCGAGACGGGAACAGCCAAACAGUACCUCAAUAUCACAGUUUCUCCUGCAGCAGUCACGUCCUCCACACCGCCCCCGCAUCAACCCGUCGCAUUUUACGCCAGGAUGGCAUCCACUACUCCCCUUCAACAUGACCACCAGACUCUCAUCUUCAGCAAAGUGAUCACGAAUUCCGGAGACAACGGACGUGAUGGUGUCUUCACGGCGCCGCUAGAUGGCGUGUACGGCUUCAUAUGGGUGACACGAUCGCAUGCCGCAGAGUUUCACCUAAUGGUCAAUAACGAUAAAAUCGGAUCAAGUCGCUCUUCCGCCGAUUCUGAUGGGUCAAUAAGCGGAAACGUUAUUGCGCAUGUCAAUAAAGAUGAUAUGGUAUUCCUCAGGGCCUCCACUAUUGGUCACGUGACCGGGAGGGUAAUCAGUGAUGAACACGGGGCAUCCACAUUCUCGGGAUGGAUCAUCCGAUAACCGGUGCACAUUGUUAGUCAUCCGAUAACCGGUACACAUUGUUAGUCAUCCGAUAACCGGUGCACAUUGUUAGUCAGGUCUUUAUUUCCACUUCAUAUGGAAUAAAAUACAAAUCAAUUAC